AUGAAGCGGGAGCGCGGCUACUUGGGGGCGCAGCUGGGGCUGGUGCUGGGGCUGGCGCUGGCCGAGGCGGGGGCCAGCCGGGCCACGGGGUCCCUGCUGGCGCUGGCCUGUGCCCUGCAGUCGCUGGGCGCGGGGCUGGGGCUGGGGGCCGCGCUCCUGCCCGGCUGGCUGGGGCAGGCGCCAGGGGGCCGGCGGGGCACCUACGGCUGGGCCCGGGUGCGGCUGGCCGCGGCGCUGGCACGGGGGGUGGCACUGGCCGCGCUGGGGCUGGCGCUGGUGCUGCCCGAGGUCCUGCGUCGGGCCACUGCAGCCCCCCGGCUCCCCUCCCGGCCCCUGCUGCUGGCAGGGCUGGGGGCUGCGGGGGUUGUGGCCCGCCUGGCCGGGGGCUUCGGGGGGCCGGGGCACCGCUCGGCCCCCGAGGUACAAGACCUGCUGGGGCAGAGCCUCCGCCAGCCCCUGGAGGAGGACGAGGAGGAGGACGCUGGCAGCUGCUCCCGCCUGGCGCCGGCACUGGCCCAGGCCGCCCUGCUGCUGCACGCCCUGGCUGUCCACGCGCUGUGGCCCCCCUGCCCCGGCACCUGCCCCUGCCUCCCGUGCUGGGCCAUGGGGGCGAGCGGGGACCCAUGCUGGCUGCUGCACCUGGACACGGGGCUGGGCGCAGGGGUGGCAGCAGUGACCGUGGGGGCAGCGGUGCCGGGAGCCUGGGCCGCGGCGCUGGUGCUGCUGCAGGCGGUGCCAGCCCGGCUGGACCUGGGGGGGCUGCAGCGCCAGCUGGCAGCUGCCACGGGGGGGUCGGGGGCAGCCGUAUGGGGCCUGCAGCUCUGGCAGCUGGACGGGCCGCGGCACCUGGUGGCUACAGCCCACAUCUGGUGCCCCGAGGCCAGUGCCUAUAGGGCCGUGGCUGCCAGGCUGCGCCGGGCCCUGCACGAGCACGGGGUGUGCCACACCACCCUCCAGCCCCACUUCGGGGGCCCUGGUGGGCUGGAAGAGACGGUGGGGGGACCUUCCAUAUGCGUGGAGUACGAGACCACGGUAUGAGACACCCCCACACGUGGGUCAGGGGGCUGUCACACAUGUGCAGGGACAGCAGUAGCAUCACCGUGGACACAGGCCAUGACAAGGACGUGUGGGGCUUGGACGGGGGCCUUUCAGGGCUGGCGUGGCCACAGAGAGCAGUGACAUGCAUGUGCAAAGUGUGAACAGGGGUGCAGGUGCUGUUACAGGGACAGGCAAAGACGUGUGUGCAGGGCAUGAACAGAGACACGGAUGUCACCAUGGAGACACGUGACGCGUGUGUGCAGGGCGUGAAGUGAGACGCUGGUGUCACCGCGGAGACAGAUGACACACGUGUGCAGGGUAUAAACAGAGACCCUGGCGUCACCACGGAGACCAGCAGGCACACGCAUGUGCAGGGCACGGACAGAGACAUGGAAAGACUACCAGUGCCAUGGAGACACACGGACUGUGCCAUGCAUGACCACCCCAGCCACGGACCCCCUCCUCCACCACCAGUAAACCCCACGUGGC